AUGGAGCCCAACUUCUCUACCCUCCUGAAUGGAUCUGAAGAAACGGCCUCCAUGUCUGAACCUGCAGUUGUCACUACUCUGUUGAACAUCUCCAUGGUGGUGCUGGGGUUCACCUUUGUCCUCGGUGUAGUGGGCAAUGGGCUUGUGAUCUGGGUAGCUGGCUUCCGGAUGGCACGCACCGUCACCACCGUCUGUUAUCUGAACCUGGCCUUGGCCGACUUCUCCUUCACAGCCACACUCCCCUUCCUCAUUGUCUCCAUGGCCAUGAGAGAGCAGUGGCCUUUUGGCUGGUUCCUAUGCAAGUUGAUUCAUAUCGUGGUGGACAUCAACCUCUUUGGCAGCGUCUUCCUCAUCGCCUUCAUCGCGCUGGACCGCUGCAUCUGUGUCCGGCACCCUGUCUGGGCCCAGAAUCACCGUACUGUUGGCCUGGUUGCGAAACUGCUCCUUGGGCCCUGGAUUCUUGCCUUCAUCCUGACUGUGCCAAUUAUCAUCUUCAUGACCACAGUCCGGGAUGGAAACGGGAAUACCUAUUGCACCUUCAACUUUGGAAUUUGGGGCGGAACCCGGGAGGAGAGGAUCAGGUUUGCCAUCAACAUGCUGCUAGCCCGGGGCAGCAUCCGGUUCAUCAUCGGCUUCAGCAUGCCCAUGUCGGUGGUUGCCAUCUGCUACGGCCUCAUUGCGGCCAAGAUCCGUCGGAAAGGCAUAAUCAAUUCUAGCCGCCCCCUGCGGCUGCUCACUGCUGUCGUGGCGUCUUUCUUCCUUUGCUGGUUCCCCUUCCAGCUGGUCGCUCUCCUGAGCACAAUCUGGCUCAGGGAGAUGCUGUUCGAAGGCAAGUACAAGAUCCUCGACGUGCUGGUCCACCCCACGAGCGCCCUGGCCUUCUUCAACAGCUGCCUCAACCCCCUGCUCUACGUGUUCGUGGGCCAGGACUUCCGAGAUAAGCUGAUAAGUUCCCUGCCUGCCAGCCUGGAGAGGGCCCUGAGCGAGGACACAACCCCCACCACAGAUAGCACCACCAGGCCCGCACCCCCCGCUGAGGCCAAAUCCGAUGCACUGUGAAGGCGUCUGCGGCUGCAGCGUGAGCUCUGCUUGCUUCACCCCAGCUUCCCGUCCCAGCUUUGUUGUCCCAU